GUUACGCGUUUUUUAUUAAAACAAUAAACAUCGUAGAGAUUAUAUUGAUAACAUGUACGUACAAUUUUUAGAUUACAAUGGUUUAAAAAACAUAUUGACUUGAUGGCAGCAGAGACGUCCAUGGACACCAUGGAAUGUAAACAAGCAAGUCUAGCCCAUGAUUUAUAUUAGGGGAUCUUGAUGGGCCAAGUUUGGACCCCAACAAGGGCUUAUGCCGUGAGUCAGGCAAUGGGUUAAAUGUUUUAAUUAAUGGUUAACCAUUCAAUAUAUUAAGCCCAAGUUUAAACAAGAUGGAAACACUACUGGCGGUGGCGGCAAAGUCGAUGAACAACUUCGACUUUCUGCCUCAAAUCCGAUUCAAAUUUAACCAAAACCAACGGCGUCACUCAUGAAACUCGCGAGACCCAUUACGCGCCACUUCACCACCUCCACGGUGGUUCAAAAAUCAGAGCGGGUGGCUGCCGGACCAAUCACCUUGAGCUCAAUCAAAGAGCUUCAUGCACACCUUAUCAGAACCCACCUCCAAAAAGACCCAUCAUCUUCCAUCGCCGAGGUUGCCAGAGUUUACGCGCUAUCUCCGCCGUAUUUAAGCAAAGCCCAUUUAGUCUUCGAUCAAAUAGAGCGACCCACAUUUUUGGUUUGGAAUCAUAUGAUCCGUGGAUUAUCACAGAGUGAGAAACCAGGUGAAGCAAUUCACAUGUAUAAUCGUAUGUACCUUCAAGGAUUGGCCGGGAAUCAUGUGACUUUUAUAUUCGUUUUCAAGGCUUGUGGUCGAGCUUCUGAUAUUGGAAAUGGGAAAAGGGUCCAUGGACAUGCGGUCAAACUUGGGUUCGAGUCGUAUCUUUUUGUAUCCAAUGCAUUAAUUUUAAUGUAUGCGUAUUCUGGUGGUCUGGGCUUUGCGCAGAAACUGUUUGACGGAAUGUGUCAGAGAGAUUUGGUCUCUUGGAAUUCUCUGAUAUGUGGAUAUAGUCAGUGCAAUAGGUUUAAGGAGGUUUUGGAUCUGUUUAAGGCAAUGAGGGCAGGGAAUGUGACGGCUGAUGCGGUGACGAUGGUGAAAGUUAUUUUGGCGUGUAAUUACUUGGGUGAAUGGGAGUUUGCUGAUUCUGUGGUUCAGUAUAUUGAAGAAAAUCAUGUUAGGAUUGAUGUUUACUUGGGGAACACUAUGAUAGAUAUGUAUGGACGGCGUGGUUUGGCGAAUUUGGCUUGGGAAGUAUUUGAUCGGAUGCAUGAAAGAAAUAUAGUUUCGUGGAAUGCCAUGAUCACGGGAUAUGCAAAAGUGGGAAACUUGGUUAAUGCAAGAAAGCUUUUCAAUGAGAUGCCGAAGAGAAAUGUGGUGUCUUGGACUUCCAUGAUCACUUGUUACUCUCAAGCUAAUCAACAUACUGAGGCAGUGAGUCUUUUUCAAGAAAUGAUGGCAGCUGAUGUGAGACCGGAUGAAAUAACCAUUGCUAGUGUGCUUUCUGCUUGUGCCCGUGUGGGUUCACUUGAUGUGGGAGAGGCUGUCCACGACUACAUAAAGAAGCAUGGAGUGAAAACAGAUAGUUAUGUAGGAAAUACUUUGAUAGAUAUGUAUUGCAAAUGUGGGAUGGUUGAGAAGGCAAUGGAGGUGUUCCAAUGGAUGGAAAAGAAAGACGCUGUGUCAUGGACUUCAGUAAUUUCAGGCCUUGCUGUGAACGGUUUUGCAGAUUCUGCACUCGAAUUCUUCUCGCGGAUGCUGAGAGAAGGUGUUCGACCAACUCAUGGAACAUUUGUUGGGAUUUUGUUAGCUUGCGCUCAUGCGGGUUUGGUAGAGAAAGGAUUGGAAUAUUUAGAAAGCAUGGAAAAGAUUCAUGGACUGAUGCCAGAAAUGAAACACUACGGAUGUGUUGUGGAUCUUUUGAGCCGGUCUGGAAAACUAGAGAAGGCUUAUGAGUUCAUACAAAAUAUGCCCGUUGUUCCAAAUGUUGUAGUAUGGAGGAUAUUGCUGAGUGCUUGCAAGGUUCAUGGAAAUGUGUCCCUAGCUGAGAGUGUCACAGCCAAGCUUGUUGAACUGGAUCCUUCUAACAGUGGGAAUUACAUUCUCUCAUCGAGUACUUAUGCAGGUUCGGAUAGAUGGGAUGAUGCUAUGAGAAUGAGAGAAUUGAUGGGUGAGAGCAAAGUGCAAAAGCCAUUUGGUCGUAGUGCCAUCGAAAUAGACGGCAUAUUUUCGAACUCUCAGAAUUUGGGACUCACUUGAUUGCAUAUGAGCAUUAGCAAUCGCUUAUCUGCUCAACAUCGCAUUGACACAGCUACUCUUGGAAGAGAUAUAUUGCAAUUGAGGUUUAUCUCUAAAAAGUUGCAGUGUUUUCGAAUUUCGAUCUGAUUCCUGAGAGGACAAAGUAGUGAGGGUUUGGAAAGUUGGAAGUUUGAUUUCAAGUGAAAAAUGUGGCUUUACGAUGGAGAGGCACGAAGUGCAGAGAAACCAUUGUGUUCUAGUUAUACCUUCAUAAGAUCUCGGCUACAGAACAGUAGCAGUUAUGCAGAACGACAAGAUUGACUGACA